UCCAAUUCCGUCUCGUCUAUAUCCCCUUCCUCACAUCCCACCCUCACUUCCAAAAUGGCUGAAGUACCAGCUUCGGAUAGCACCCUCAGUAUGCCCACUUGAACGCCCCGUGUCAAUGGACAACAGAGCUAACGGAGCGUUUGUAGAUGGUUUCUUUCAGGCAUUCGUCAUGAUUGUCGUGUCAGAGAUUGGCGACAAGACUUUUCUUAUCGCGGCCAUUAUGGCUACUCGACAUGCCAGGGCGACGGUAUUCGGAGGAGCGUUUGCCAGUUUGGUGGUGAUGAGUAUCCUGAGUGCUGCGCUGGGCCGAGUCAUCCUCGGUCUGAUACCAAAAGUCUGGACCCUUUGGGCCGCCGCCCUUCUCUUUGCCGUAUUUGGCGUCAAAAUGCUCCAAGAAGCCCACUCGAUGUCUGGCGGCAACUCGCACAUCCAAGAAGAAAUGCGUGAAGUCGAAGAAGAGCUCGAAGAAGACUCUGCCUCUCACGAUACCCACAACGCCCGCGGUGCCGCGAUCCCUCUCGAAAGUGUUGAAGAAGGCCGACCUGCUAGAACUUCUGGUCAAGGAUCUUCGCUCAUGGACCGAUCUGCCAGCCCGAGGCCGAGCAGGCAGGGACCCAGUAUCAACUUUCCUCUUUCCAACAGCGCGGGGGGCGGCGUGGGGCCUUUGGAGAAGGGCAAGCACUGGACAGUGAUGAUCAAGGAGAGGAUCAGAGAAACACUGCAGAUGGUCACGAACCCCGUUUUCGCUCAGGCGUUUGUCUUGACAUUUUUGGGAGAGUGGGGAGACCGAAGUCAGAUCACCACCAUCGCCAUGGCCGGUGCCCACAGCGUUGCUGUGAUCGCGUUCGGAACCAUUGUCGGACACGGUUUAUGCACAUGCGGAGCUGUUCUUGGCGGACGUUAUCUCUCCACAAAGAUCUCUGUCAAGCACAUCACCCUUAUCGGCGCGGUCGCCUUUAUCAUCUUUGCUUUCCUCUACUCUAUCGAAGGGUACUACUACGUCCCGGAGAACGACGACUUUUAAUCUGAAACGCUGCAACUUAUGCACAAGGGGGAGCAAUACAUUGCAUGGGGGCGAGUCUAGUAUGGUGUAAUAGUCUGGUCAGACGAUGUGAGGGCGAUGUCGGACGUGGGCAAAGAGCCAGGCGUGGCCAUAGAUGGGUACGAAGACUUAGAUGUAGAUUUGGGCAUGCCAUCAUGAGAGAUGGGUCUCCCGUAAUAUAUAGAUGGUCUGUAAGACUGCAGUAUCACUCAUGGAUCGUGAUACUCCAACAGUAGCAGUGAUCGUCAUCUAUAACCUCCCUCCCGGCCUGCGGGACCACGGGCAGAGAGGGGGGUGAUAGAUGACGAGUGGUCGUAGCAGCAACGUCCGAGGUCUUCCUCCGAGCCAUGGUCCCGUCUCAUAAGAUAGAUUGUCACAGGAGCACCCAUAGCCAUGACUCUGAUGCAUGUUCGAAACAG